AUGGCCGACAACGCACGCCUGGAGCGCGUCGUCAGCCGUCUCCAAAACUUGCCAGCGCUCUCGCUGCCCACCGACUAUCCGCGACCAUCGGGAACCAGCAAGCUCGUCGAGGCCGCUCAUUCAGCUCAACUCUCCGAACAGACUUCGCUCAGUCUCUUGAAGCUUGCUUUGUUCAACGAAAGCGAUGAAGACGACCUUGACGAUGAAGAGGAGCAUGAAGAGCGAAGGCCAUCAGCCUUCCACCUGCUUCUGUCGGCGUUCACCGUUCUCCUGCAUCGAUAUACCGGCGACAACGACAUCGUCAUUGGAUCCUCAUCUGCAAGCAUGGGCAGGGAACCCCUCGUCUUGCGACUGAGCAUCGACCCGUCAGACCCGUUCUGGGCCGUUGUUCGACGGGUGCAGCAGGUCGAGAAGGAAGCUGAAGACAACGCCGUUCCGUUCGAGGAAAUCAAGCGCGAACUCAACAAGGGCCAGCCCCUCGAGUCACCCAUCUUCAGGGUCAGGUUCUUCGACGAAACUUCAAGUGAAGGCAAAGACGACUUCAUCCGUUCGACUUCACUCAGUUCGGAUCUGACCAUCUUCGUUACUCGACCCCCGGCUACGACCCGAGAAUCCAUCGCCCCCAACAUUUCGCUCAAGAUCUUGUACAACUCGCUGUUGUUCACUUCUGCCAGAAUUGGAUUUAUUGUGGACCAAUUGUCAGUCUUGCUUCGCAAGGUUGCCUCCAACCCGCUUGCCCAGAUUGGUUCGGUACCCCUUUUGACGCCCAAGCAAAAGGCUGCUCUUCCUGACCCCACGGCUGAUUUGGAUUGGUGCGGAUGGAAGGGCGCCAUCACCGAUAUCUUUUCUCACAACGCUCGCCAAUUCCCUGAACGACCCUGCGUCUUCCAGUCCCUUGACGACGGUUCAAAGGUCGUCUACACCUACGGCGCCAUCCUCAAGGCAUCCAACGUGCUCGCACAUCACCUUUUGCGUCAUGGAGUCCAACGCGAAGAAGUCGUCAUGGUCUACGCUCAUCGCUCUGUCGAUUUGGUUGUAGCAGUGAUGGCUGUGCUCAAGGCCGGUGCCACCUUCUCCGUCAUCGACCCCGCCUACCCUCCAUCGCGUCAAAUCAUCUACCUCCGCGUCGCCCAACCCCGAGGUUUGAUUGUCCUCAAGGGAGCUGGAACUAUCAACCCCAGCGUACGCCAAUUCCUCAACGAGGAGUUGAGCAUCCGUGUAGAGGUUCCAGGUCUCGAAGUCUCCCCUGAUGGAUCCCUGGCGGGAGGACACAACGAUGAGUUGGCGUCCCAAGCCAACCUUGGUGACACCGAUCCCAAUGUCGUUUUGGGUCCUGACAGCGUUGGUACCCUCUCUUUCACCAGUGGAAGCACAGGUAUUCCCAAGGGAGUACGAGGUCGUCACUACAGUUUGACUCAUUUCUUCCCUUGGAUGGGAGAACGCUUCGGGUUGAACUCGUCUUCCAAGUUUACAAUGUUGAGCGGAAUUGCGCACGACCCUAUUCAACGUGACAUGUUCACGCCCCUCUUCUUCGGAGCUGAGCUGCAUGUUCCUACCGCUGAAGAUAUCGGUACUCCUGGUCGUCUCGCCACCUGGAUGGCCAACUCUAGCAUUACCGUCACUCAUCUCACCCCUGCCAUGGGUCAGCUCCUCAGUGCUCAAGCUACGACCCCCAUUCCCUCGCUCCUUUCCGCCUUCUUUGUCGGUGACGUCCUCACCAAGCGAGACUGCCUCCGUCUACAAUCACUGGCCGCCAAUGUCCAGAUCAUUAACAUGUACGGCACUACCGAAACCCAACGUGCCGUCUCCUACUUCGCCAUCCCCAGCGUCAACUCGGACUCCACCUUCCUCAAGACCCAAAAGGACAUCAUGCCCGCGGGUCAGGGUAUGAUCGACGUCCAACUCCUUGUUGUGAACAGGAACGACAGAAAUGUCCCCUGUGCCAUUGGUGAAGUUGGUGAAAUCUACGUCAGAUCCGGUGGUCUGGCCGAGGGUUACCUCGACGAGGAAGCCUCCAAGGAGAAGUUCGUCGAGAACUGGUUCGCAGCCAAGACCCCCAUCGAACGCCGCGAUACCAUCCUCCACCCAACACACUGCAGCCUGCCUGGUCCCGAAGCCCGCCACUGGAAGGGCAUCCGCGAUCGCAUGUACCGCUCCGGUGACCUUGGACGAUACCGCCCUGACGGAACCGUCGAGUGCACUGGACGAGCUGACGACCAGAUCAAGAUUCGUGGAUUCCGAAUCGAGUUGGGUGAGAUUGACACUCACUUGAGCCAACACCCGUAUGUUCGGGAGAACGUCACCCUCGUGCGACGUGACAAGGACGAGGAGAAGAUUUUGGUCAGCUACUUCGUUCCUCACGAUACCGACGACGUCAAGGCCUAUUGGAGUGACAUUGCCUCGGCACCUAGCGAGGCGGAGGAUGGUGAUAAGAGCAAGAGGGAAGUUGUCAAGGGUAUCAGACGGUACAGGAAGUUGAUCAGGCACAUUCGGGAGUAUCUCAAGGGCAAGCUUCCUAGCUACAGCGUCCCGACAUUGUUUGUCCCGCUCAAGCGCAUGCCUCUGAACCCCAACGGCAAGAUCGACAAGCCAGCUCUUCCUUUCCCCGAUACCGCCCAGCUUUCCAUGAUCAACAAUCCCAACCUCCCCAUUUCCGCCGCUGCAAACCCCAUGAGCCCAACUACACCUCUCCCGCUCUCUUCUAUUCACCCCGGGAUCACCCCUACCGAGACCCAGCUCCUCCAGGUCUGGUCUACCCUCCUCCCAGGCUCGCCUGCACCCGCCUCCAUCCCUCUCGACGAAAGCUUCUUCGACCUCGGUGGCCACUCCAUCCUCGCCACUCGCCUUAUCUUCGAGCUCCGCAAGAUGUUUGUCGUGAACGUCCCACUCGGAUUGAUUUUCGACGAGCCCACCAUCCGGGGACUCGCCAAGGCCCUCGACAAGCUCCGCAAGGCAGAGGACGACUUGGGCUUGGUCAUCGACGGCGACAAGAGCGGAUCUGCCACACCCACGAAGACCGAAGGUGCUGACAAGACCUGCCCGGUCACUGGUGCUGCCAAGAAGGAGAUCGACUAUGCUGAGGACUACGAGGUGCUUCUUAAGCAGCUCGACGAGACUUAUCCUUCAGCCAAGCCCGAAGGAAAGCUCACCGUGUUCUUGACUGGCGCUACUGGUUUCCUUGGUGCUUUCGUCUUGCACAAGCUGCUUUCUCUCAAGGAUACCUCGCAUGCAGACUCCUUCAAGGUCAAGAAGGUAAUUUGUCUCGUCAGGGCUUCCAACCUCGAGAAGGGUAUUCAGAGGCUGAGGGAUGGAUUGAGCGAUAAAGGUCUGUGGGAUGAGAACUGGCUGGCUGAGAAGCGAGUUGAAGUGAUCCUUGGUGAUUUGGCUGGCGGUGACAGGUUGGGUGCCACCGAAGAAGAGUGGAAGAGAAUGGAGCAGGAGGUUGAUGUUAUUCUGCAUAAUGGUGCUUUGGUUCACUGGGUGUAUCCAUACGAGAAGCUGCGUGCUGCCAACGUUAUUUCGACGCUGGCCCUCGUCAAGUUGGCCUCGACUCCCAACAAGCCCAAGCAAUAUGUCUUUGUUUCGUCGACAUCAGCAGUCGAUACCGAGCAUUAUGUCCAUCUUUCCGACGAGCUUCUCGCGUCCCGACUGGCUGCUGCUGAUGCGGCUCCUGAAUCCGGUUCGGGCGCUGACAUCUCCAGAGGAGUUCCUGAAGCGGACGACCUCGAGGGUUCGCGACAUGACCUCAAGACUGGAUACGGCCAAUCCAAGUGGGUGUCCGAGAAGCUCUUGUUCGAAGCUGGUCGACGCGGAUUGCGCGGACACAUCGUUCGACCUGGCUAUGUCGUUGGUGACUCCACGACUGCCGUGACCAACACCGACGACUUCCUAUGGCGCAUGGUUAAGGGAUGUGUGCAGUUGGGCUUGGUACCCGAUAUGAACAACACCGUCAACAUGGUCCCCGUCGACCACGUCGCCUUGUGCACCGCCCUAGCCGGUGUCUACCCUCUUGAAAACGCUUCAGGUGUCUCCACCGAAGCAUCCUCGACGGUGUCCGCACCAACCUCCAACCUCUCCGUCUUGCACAUCACCGCCAAACCCCUCCCCACCUUCAACGCGAUGCUCUCCUCGCUGCCCAAGUACGGCUUCAAAGUCGAAACCUGCGACUACGUCACCUGGCGCCGCAAGCUCGAGUUGCAUGUUAUGGAGGCUCGCACAAGUGGAGAUCCAGCACAGGAGGAAGAGACGAACGCUUUGUUCCCCCUUCUUCACUUUGUCUUGGACGACCUCCCUACGAGCACCAAGGCACCCGAGUUGGACGAUAGGAAUAAGGUUGCGCUUGUGCAGCAGUACCUCGAUGCGUCGGGCGUGGCUGGAAGCACGGAUUCAACUGUGGAUGAGGAGUUGCUUGGCUUGUACCUUGCCUGGCUUGUCAAGGCUGGAUUCUUGCCUGGGCCUACCGUUGCGCCCGCGACUGCUAUCGAGGGCACGGAGGGUGGGGUUGUCAAGGCUUUGCCCGAGCUUGCUGACAGUGUCGUUGUUAAGGCUUCUGGGAGGAGUGGCGCUUAG